AUGCCAGGUCGAUCUGUUAAAUGGUCACGAACCGGCCGCCGCGAAGAGGAAUCGCCGAAUCGGCAGCCCUGUCAUUCGGAACUCAUCGAGGGUUCACAGUCCGUGGAGGCGACCUCGCAACGGCCCACGUACGUGGCGAAACGCUCAAUAAGGGACGUGACGUGGAGCGGCAUUCCUCAAUUCGGCACGGGCGUUGGGAGAGGCGAUCCCUUAUACGCAUAUCGUACGUGUUUCGGGAACCGAUGGCUACGCAAGCGGGGAAUAAUAAAUAAAUAUUUCAGGAGUUGGGAUCGAACCCACACCCUGUCGCACAACAGUCCAGCCCACUAUUCACUACGCCGGUCGGAGCGUCGAGAAGUGGCGCCCGCAUACGCGGUUCGCACGUGCUUCGGGCACCGAUGGGAGCUAGCUACCCCAGAUCGAGCCCUACGUGAAGCCUAU